GACGGCGCUGUGGGACUUUUUUGGCGCGAGUGGGGACGGCGGCCGGGAGGGCGCGGUCAGCGCUCCGCGUUUUGGGUCCUGGCCGCGCCAUGCGCUACAACGAGAAGGAGCUGCAGGCGCUGUCUCGGCAACCGGCCGAGCUGGCGGCCGAGCUGGGCAUGCGGGGCCCCAAGAAGGGGAGCGUGCUGAAGCGGCGGCUGGUGAAGUUGGUGGUCAACUUCCUCUUCUACUUCCGGACGGACGAGGCCGAGCCCGUCGGAGCCUUGCUGCUGGAGCGCUGCAGAGUCACCCAGGAGGAGCCCAGCGGCUUCUCCAUCAGCUUCAUGGAGGACCCGGAGAGGAAGUAUCACUUUGAGUGCUGCAGUGAGGAGCAAUGUCAGGAGUGGAUGGGGGCUCUGCGGCGAGCCAGCUACGAGUUCAUGCGGAGAAGCCUCAUAUUCUACAGGAAUGAGAUCCAGAAGAUGACUGGCAAGGACCCCCUGGAGCAGUUCGGCAUAUCGGAGGAGGCCAGGUUCCAGCUGGGUGGCUUGAAGGCCUGAGUCUGGAACAACCCCCUCCCCCUCAUCCUCUCCAGGCCCUGGGUUUCCUGGUCAAGUCUGGAUUUGCUGCAGCAGCAGAUGUUUGGCUUAAAGACUUCAAAAACCCAAGACGGGUGGGAGUGGGCAGGGGCAGGUUGGAGAAACAACCCACUGACCCCCCCCCCCCCCGGACUGGUCUGGCACCUACUGGUGCCCCAUGCUGCUACCGGGGGACAAACGUCCACUCCUGGAAGUUGUGUCCAGCCCCUUGGGCACAUCCGUCUGGGGUCUGACGGCUCCUGAGGCUGGUGUAGCUCUCCUGGCCUGUGCAGGCUGAAUGUACAAAGCUAGACGAUGCUGUGAAGGGCGUGGGGGACACGCCUGCUGGAGCCACUGUGAAUUCUACUCCUGCUGAUGGGGCAGGCCCUGGCCAGGCGCCUCUGGGUGGAGCUGGAAGUCUUCACUCUCAGGCCAGCGUGCUUGUUGUAUUCAAAUAAAGGGACCUCUUUUCCAUGUGG